UAGGCCCUCCUGUCCCCAAAUGGAGAGGGGCGGGGUCGAAGGCCUCGAGCCCGCCGCGGGGCGGAGACGGCGCACGGCGAUGACGCAACGCGGUGUGCGCGGAGACGGCGGGAGCCACGACGCAGGGGAGGGGCGAAGGCUGCGGCAACGUCAGGCGCGCGCACACGUUGCAGCUUCUUGCUUUCGGCGGGUUCGGAGAGGUUCUGACGGCCAGGCAGGCGCACUGACAGGUAGCCGCAGACCGGCGGAGAUGGCGACGCUCUGUCUGACCGUGAAUGCAGGAGACCCUCCGCUGGGAGCUUUGCUGGCCGUAGAACAUGUGAAAGACGACGUCAGCAUUUCUCUUGAAGAAGGGAAAGAGAAUAUUCUUUAUGUGUCUGAAAAUGUGGUAUUCACAGACAUAAAUUCCAUACUUCGCUACUUGGCUCGAGUUGCAACGACAACUGGGCUCUAUGGUUCUAACCUGCUGGAACAUACUGAGAUUGAUCACUGGUUGGAGUUUAGUGCUACAAAAUUGUCUUCAUGUAAUUUGUUCACUUCUGCAAUCAACGAGCUCAAUCAUUGCCUGUCUCUGAGAACAUACUUAGUUGGAAAUUCCUUGAGCUUAGCAGAUUUGUGUGUUUGGGCCACCCUAAAAGGCAGUGCUGCAUGGCAAGAACAGUUGAAACAGAACAAAGCUCCAGUGCACGUAAAACGCUGGUUUGGCUUUCUCGAAGCCCAGCAGGCCUUCCAGUCUGUAGGUACCAAGUGGAAUGUUUCAACGACCAAAGCUAAAGUGACACCUGAGAAAAAACAAGAUGUUGGGAAAUUUGUUGAGCUUCCAGGUGCUGAGAUGGGAAAGGUUACUGUCAGAUUUCCUCCAGAGGCUAGUGGUUACUUACACAUUGGGCAUGCAAAAGCUGCUCUUCUGAACCAGCACUACCAGGUUAACUUUAAAGGGAAACUGAUCAUGAGAUUUGAUGACACAAAUCCUGAAAAAGAAAAGGAAGAUUUUGAGAAGGUUAUCUUGGAAGAUGUUGCAAUGUUGCAUAUCAAACCAGAUCAAUUUACUUAUACCUCGGAUCAUUUUGAAAGUAUAAUGAAAUAUGCAGAGAAGCUAAUUCAGGAAGGGAAGGCUUAUGUGGAUGAUACUCCUGCUGAGCAGAUGAAAGCAGAACGUGAGCAGAGGAUAGAAUCCAAGCAUAGGAAAAACUCUAUUGAGAAGAAUCUGCAAAUGUGGGAAGAAAUGAAAAAAGGAAGCCAGUUUGGUCAGUCCUGUUGUCUGAGAGCAAAAAUUGACAUGAGUAGUAACAAUGGAUGUAUGAGAGACCCAACGCUUUAUCGCUGUAAAAUUCAGCCACAUCCAAGAACUGGAAAUAAAUACAAUGUUUAUCCGACAUACGAUUUUGCCUGCCCCAUAGUUGACAGUAUUGAAGGUGUUACACAUGCCCUGAGAACAACAGAAUACCAUGACAGAGAUGAACAGUUUUAUUGGAUUAUUGAAGCCUUAGGCAUAAGAAAACCAUAUAUUUGGGAAUAUAGUCGACUAAAUCUCAACAACACAGUGCUCUCCAAAAGAAAACUCACAUGGUUUGUCAACGAAGGAUUGGUAGAUGGAUGGGAUGACCCAAGGUUUCCUACUGUUCGUGGUGUGCUCAGAAGAGGGAUGACUGUUGAAGGGCUGAAACAGUUUAUUGCUGCUCAGGGCUCUUCACGUUCAGUUGUGAACAUGGAAUGGGACAAAAUUUGGGCAUUUAAUAAAAAGGUUAUUGACCCGGUGGCCCCACGAUAUGUUGCAUUACUGAAGAAAGAAGUGAUUCCAGUGAAUAUCCCUGAGGCUCAGGAGGAGAUGAAAGAAGUAGCCAAACACCCAAAGAAUCCUGAUGUUGGCUUGAAGCCGGUGUGGUACAGUCCUAAAGUUUUCAUUGAAGGGGCUGAUGCAGAGACAUUGUCAGAAGGGGAGAUGGUUACCUUUAUAAAUUGGGGCAACAUCAACAUUACUAAAAUAAACAAAAAUGCAGAUGGAAAAAUUGUAUCUCUUGAUGCAAAAUUGAAUUUGGAGAACAAAGACUACAAGAAAACCACAAAGAUCACGUGGCUGGCAGAGACGGCACAUGCUCUUCCUAUUCCUGCAAUCUGUGUCACUUACGAGCACUUGAUCACAAAGCCAGUGCUGGGAAAAGAUGAGGACUUUAAGCAGUAUGUCAACAAGAACAGUAAGCAUGAAGAGCUAAUGCUGGGGGAUCCCUGCCUUAAGGAUUUGAAAAAAGGAGACAUUAUACAACUCCAGAGAAGAGGAUUCUUCAUAUGUGAUCAGCCGUAUGAACCUGUUAGUGCCUCUGAGAGAAGAGGUUCAGAAAGGAGAGCAAGAAUAGGAACUGCUAGGAUGUGGCCGACUACUCCUUUUAAGGAAAGACCGGGUCCUUCUUUGGAUAAUACUUGUGCUCCAUCUGAGGAUUCCUUGGUCCUUUACAACAGAGUGGCUGCUCAAGGGGAUGUGGUUCGUGAAUUAAAAUCCAAGAAAGCAGCAAAGGAAGAUAUAGAUGCAGCUGUAAAACAGCUUUUGGCUUUGAAAGCUGAAUAUAAGGAGAAAACUGGCCAGGAAUAUAAACCUGGAAAUCCUCCUGCGGUGGUACAGAAUGUUUCUUCUAUGUCAUCAGCAAGUAUUGUGGAAAGUAGAUCUCUCUAUGAUGAAGUUGCUGCACAAGGGGAGGUGGUUCGUAAACUGAAAGCUGAAAAAGCCCCCAAGAUUGCUCAGAUUCCAUUCUGUGGGGAAAUUGACUGCGAAGACUGGAUCAAAAAGACCACUGCUAGGGAUCAAGAUCUUGAGCCCGGAGCUCCAUCCAUGGGAGCUAAAAGCCUUUGCGUCCCCUUCAAACCCCUCUGUGAGCUGCAGCCCGGAGCCAGAUGCGUCUGCGGCAGGAACGCCGCCAAGUACUAUACCUUGUUUGGCCGCAGUUACUAAGGGAUAAAACAAAACUGCUCUCUCCAAUCCUCCUCACUUUUUAAAAAAUUGAUAUUAAUAUCUUCCCAGAUAUAGACAGUUUUAUGAUUUUUUAAAAUAAAAGUUCUAAUAGGUUACAUGAGGCACAAACACCUUAUUCUUAUGUCUAAAUUAACAGUGGGUAAGAAGACUUUUCUGUAAACAACCCCAGUAAUAAACACCAUGAACUGAUA